CAUCAAGUGAGAUUAACAUGUCAGAGACUCAAUUACAGGCAAGGAUUCGAAACUUAUAAAUAUGCUGCGAUUGACGGAUCUUACUUUACAUACCCUACAAUCCUGUCAUUCAACUUUUGCCCUAAGCCAGUCACAUCAUGCAUCUUUUCAAACGCGCCCUCGUGCUCUUCGGAGCAUUGCUCCCAGCUGCUCUCGGGCAUCCCAUGAUACAAGGGACGCAUCAAUCUCCAGAAAAUAUUCCCGGAAGAUACAUCGUUACCUUCAAGCACGGCUUGGAUAAGGCAAAGGUUGAUGCUCACACUACAUGGGCCAUGGACCUGCACAAACGCCAUCUCGAGCGACGUGGUCACGCAGACGAUGCAUUUAUUCCUAUUGGCAUUGAGAAAAACUACAAGUUCACCCGCUUUUCUGCGUACUAUGGGUCCUUUGAUGAUGUUACCAUCGAGGAAAUCCGGAAAAAUGAAGAUGUAGAGCACGUCGAACAAGACCAGAUCUGGUACCUCGACGCCAUCCUCUCCCAGGACAACGCUCCCUGGGGCCUGGGCAGUAUCUCUCACCGCGGCGAACCAAGCACAAGCUACAUCUACGACGACAGAGGCGGCGAAGGCACCUUCGGCUAUGUAGUGGACACGGGCAUUAAUGUCGACCACCGAGAAUUUGGCGGCCGCGCCAGUCUUGCCUACAACGCUGUCAACAACUCUGAUCAUGUCGAUACUGUUGGUCAUGGAACACAUGUUGCGGGGACCAUUGGUGGUGCUACGUUUGGGGUUGCUAAAAAGGCAAACUUGCUGUCUGUGAAGGUGUUUGCGGGAGAGUCUGGCCGGACUUCGGAUAUUCUGGAUGGGUUCAACUGGGCUGCUAAUGAUAUCGCUACGAAGAGGCGGACUGGCAAAGCGGCUAUCAACAUGAGUUUGGGUGGCGGAUACUCAUUCGCUUUCAACCGAGCUGUCGAAAACGCAUACGACUCCGGCGUUCUUUCCGUCGUAGCGGCCGGUAACGAAAAUAUGGACGCCCGCUUCACCAGCCCCGCCUCCGCCGAAAACGCCUUCACAGUAGCCGCCAUCGACCGCAACAACUCCCGCGCCUCAUUUUCCAACUACGGCUCCGUAGUUGACAUCUUUGCUCCCGGAGUCGACAUUCUCUCCGCCUGGAUCGGCAAUAGCACGGCUACUAACAUCAUCUCUGGUACAUCGAUGGCGACACCUCAUGCUGUCGGGUUGGCGAUUUACAUAAUGAGCCUUGAGAACCUAGAUGAUGCGAGUGCGGCAACUAAGCGGUUGAAGGAGUUGGGGACCAAGGAUGUUGUUGCGAGGACUUCAGGGAGUCCGAAUUUGUUGGCCUUUAAUGGGGGGGCUGGUUGGUGUUCGAUACAAAUACAAUGA